CAGGGACCUUUUUUUUUUUUUAGCAUUCCCGGGCGCUUAAGCACUGGCCUCCGACUGUAUCGUAAGUCGUUGAGCUACUACUGGCCCAUCCUACAAGCGAUCUGGACAUCGAAGCGCACCGAGCCAGCGCUCCCCUUCCCCCCCGCAAGCAUGGCACAGUUCCAGAUUCUUUCCGACCUACACCUCGAAAACCCGCGAGCAUACGACCUCUUUGAGAUCACCCCGACCGCGCCCUACCUGGCCCUGCUGGGUGACAUCGGCAACGUCAAAGACGACGGCUACCUGCAAUUCCUCGAAGCCCAGCUUCAGCGGUUCAAGAUCGUCUUCCUCGUCCUGGGCAACCACGAGCCCUUCGAUGCCAGCUGGCCGGCCACUCGCGAACGCCUGCAGCAGUUCUCCGAGGAGAUCGACAACCGGCGUCAAAGGGCGGCGGCGACGACGACAUCGUCGCCGCGGCUGGGAGAGUUCGUCCUCCUCGACCGCACGCGGUACCGCCUCACGCCCCAGGUGACGGUCCUGGGCUGUACAUUCCACUCGCGCGUGAGUGAGACACAGGAGGAGACCGUCAGCCACGCCCUGAAUGACUUCCACUACAUCCAGGACUGGACGGUUGAGCAGCACCGCGCGGCCCACGAAGCCGAGCGGGCCUGGCUCAACGACCAAGUCACCGACAUCGCCCGGGACGACCCGCAUCAUCGCAUCGUCAUCUUCAGUCAUCACAGCCCGACCGUCGCGGCGGCGGCCGUGGAUCCGCGCUACGCCGACAGCCCGAUCACGUCGGCGUUCGCGACGGACCUCAUCGGGGAGCCGUGCUGGGAGCGACCGCAGGUGCGCCUGUGGGCGUUCGGCCAUACGCACUACAACUGCGACUUCACGGACGAUCGGUCCGGGAAGCGGAUCGUGGCGAACCAGAGAGGGUACUACUUUGCGCAGUCCAUCAAAUUCGAUCCCUGCAAGGUCCUCUCCCGCGUAUUGCGGCCUUUGUCCCGCACCGCUGCUUCCGCCCGCCUUAUCGCGACAAGACCGCCGUUGCAGACCCGAGUUCUUCCUAGCAGUACCCAAGCAUUCUCCACCACGUCCCGCCGGCGGGACGUCGACCUGUCCGGGCUGACGCCGACCCCGAUCACGUUCCUGUCGGAGACGGAGUCGCUGAUGGCGGAGAGCGUGUCGAAGUUCGCGCAGGAGCAGAUCAGCCCGAAGGUGCGGGCGAUGGACGAGGCGGAGACGAUGGACGCGGCGGUGGUGGAGCAGCUGUUCGAGCAAGGGCUGAUGAGCGUCGAGGUGCCCGAGGAGUAUGGCGGGGCGGGGAUGAACUUCACGGCGGCGAUCGUGGCAAUCGAGGAGCUGGCGCGGGUCGACCCCAGCGUCAGCGUGCUGGUCGACGUCCACAACACCCUGGUCAACACCGCGAUCCUGAAGUACGGCGACGCCCAGGCCCGCCGCACCUGGCUGCCCCGGCUGGCCACCGGCACCGUGGGCUCCUUCUGCCUCUCGGAGCCGGCCUCCGGGUCCGACGCCUUCGCCCUGCAGACCAAGGCCGAGAAGACCGCCGACGGCUACCGGCUCAAUGGCUCCAAGAUGUGGAUCACUAACGCCAUGGAGUCUGGCAUCUUCAUCGUCUUCGCCAACCUCGACCCCAGCCAGGGGUACAAGGGCAUCACCGCCUUCAUCGUCGAGAAGGAUACCCCGGGCUUCUCGAUCGCCAAGAAGGAGAAGAAACUCGGCAUCCGCGCCAGCAGUACCUGUGUGCUCAACUUCGAUGAUGUCGUCAUCCCGAAGAGUAACCUCUUAGGGGAGGAGGGUCAGGGAUACAAGUACGCGAUCAGCGUGCUGAAUGAGGGUCGCAUUGGGAUUGCGGCGCAAAUGACCGGCCUGGCGCUGGGAGCGUGGGAAAAUGCUGCUCAGUACGUCUGGAACGACCGCCGCCAGUUCGGCCAGUUGAUCGGCAAUUUCCAGGGCAUGCAGCACCAGCUGGCCCAGGCGUAUACCGAGAUCGCCGCCGCCCGGGCGCUGGUCUACAACGCGGCGCGGAAGAAGGAGGCCGGCCAGGAUUUCGUCCAGGACGCCGCCAUGGCCAAGCUGUACGCCUCGCAGGUCGCCGGGCGCGUGUCCAGCUCCGCGGUCGAGUGGAUGGGCGGGAUGGGCUUCGUGCGCGAGGGCAUCGCCGAGAAGAUGUUCCGGGACAGCAAGAUCGGGGCGAUCUACGAGGGCACGAGCAACAUCCAGCUGCAGACCAUCGCCAAGCUGUUGCAGAAGCAGUACACUCGCUAAGAGUGCAGCGUAUUCAAACUUGUAUGAGUUGUUUGACAAUUAGCAUUGGCCGCACUCAGUAGUGCUAGUGCUAACCGCCCAAGUAAUGAAUAUAUUCGAAUUAGAUACUACGUACCACACUUGAAUUCUAGAGUCUUAGAGACUCACUAGAUUGAAAAUGGCGUGAUCGGAAUAAACUCCACUUCCGCCGAAAAGGGCCUUCUGCUAGACUACCUAGUCUUUUCC